AAUCUAUUCUUCCAAAUCACGCGAUACAGCAUUGCUGCACCCAUACAAUACCAGCACGAAUUUUCACACACAUUCCACUCCACGAGAAAAUUCUCCAUUUCAUAAGCUUGGCCUAAAUCCUAAUCUCCUUCCUUCCGGAUUCAGAUCCAUAGUCGAUUUGAUUUUUAUGUCUUCAUUUUAGCUUAUCUCAAGUGGGUUUGGGGAAUAUUCUAUGCUUUCCUUCUUUCGAGCAAUGGCGUUCCCUUCAAUUUCAAGAAGGAAAUCAUGCACUUUUUUCACGUACUUGAUUCUUAUAUUCCAAGCCUGCAAUGGUUUCUAUCUACCUGGAAGCUAUAUGCAUACAUAUUCACCAGGAGAGGAGAUUUUUGCCAAAGUGAAUUCUUUGACCUCCAUUGAAACUGAGCUCCCCUUCAGCUAUUACAGUCUACCUUACUGCAAGCCUCAAGGAGGAAUUAAAAAAAGUGCUGAGAAUCUCGGUGAGCUGCUAAUGGGAGAUCAGAUUGACAACUCUCCAUAUCGAUUCCGCAUGAAUGUCAAUGAGUCUCUCUACCUGUGCACCACUCCUGAAUUGAGUGAAAAUGAUGUAAAGCUUCUAAAGCAAAGAACUCGGGAUCUGUAUCAAGUGAACAUGAUACUUGAUAACUUACCUGCUAUGAGGUUUACCAACCAAAAUGGGGUUAAAAUUCAAUGGACUGGCUACCCAGUUGGUUAUACUCCUCAAAACAGUAAUGAUGACUACAUCAUUAACCAUCUCAAGUUUAAGGUAUUGAUUCAUGAGUAUGAAGGGGCUGGUGUGGAGAUAAUUGGCACAGGUGAAGAAGGUAUGGGUGUCAUUUCAGAAGCUGACAAAAAGAAGGCUUCAGGUUUUGAGAUUGUUGGUUUUGAGGUUGUCCCUUGUAGUGUUAAAUACGACCCUGAGAAGAUGACUAAGCUCCACAGGUUUGAUACUGUUCCACCUGUCAGCUGUCCACAAGAGAUUGGUAACUCUCAGAUUAUAAGGGAACACGAGAGGGUGACCUUUACAUAUGACGUGGAGUUUGUAAAAAGCGACAUCAGAUGGCCAUCUCGGUGGGAUGCCUACCUGAAGAUGGAAGGUGCCCGUGUGCACUGGUUCUCAAUUCUAAACUCGCUGAUGGUGAUUUUCUUCUUGGCAGGCAUUGUUUUUGUCAUAUUUUUGAGAACAGUGAGAAGGGAUCUGACUAGGUAUGAAGAGCUGGACAAAGAGGCUCAGGCCCAGAUGAAUGAGGAGCUUUCCGGAUGGAAGCUUGUGGUUGGGGAUGUUUUCAGAGAGCCUUCCCAUUCGAAGUUACUCUGUGUGAUGGUCGGAGAUGGGGUUCAGAUUACCGGCAUGGCCGUUGUCACUAUUGUCUUUGCAGCUCUUGGUUUCAUGUCACCAGCUUCACGAGGCAUGCUGUUGACUGGCAUGAUAUUGCUUUAUCUCUUCCUCGGUAUUGCUGCCGGUUAUGUCGGUGUGAGAAUGUGGACAACUAUUAAAGGCACAUCUACAGAAUGGAGAUCAGUUUCUUGGUCAAUAGCUUGCUUUUUCCCUGGAAUCGUUUUUGUUAUUUUGACUUUCUUGAACUUUAUCCUUUGGGGAAGUAAGAGUACUGGGGCUAUUCCUCUCUCCUUGUACUUUAUACUCUUGGCACUCUGGUUCUGCAUCUCAGUGCCCCUCACUCUCUUGGGCGGACACUUAGGCACACGAGCUGAACCUAUUCAGUUCCCUGUGCGCACUAACCAGAUCCCUAGAGAGAUUCCUGCGCGCAAAUACCCCUCAUGGCUUCUCGUUCUUGGUGCUGGAACUCUUCCCUUCGGAACUCUCUUCAUUGAGCUUUUCUUCAUCCUUUCUAGCAUCUGGCUUGGGAGGUUCUACUAUGUCUUCGGCUUCUUGCUUGUCGUUCUCUUGUUGCUAGUGAUAGUUUGCGCAGAAGUAUCUGUUGUCCUGACCUACAUGCAUCUCUGCGUUGAGGAUUGGAUGUGGUGGUGGAAAGCAUUCUAUGCCUCUGGUUCUGUUGCACUCUACGUAUUCUUGUACUCCAUCAACUAUCUAGUCUUUGACCUCCAAAGUCUGAGUGGACCAGUGUCGGCUACACUUUAUCUCGGGUACUCACUGAUAAUGGCAGUCGCGAUCAUGCUCUCUACAGGCACCAUUGGCUUACUUACUUCGUUCUACUUUGUUCAUUACCUCUUUUCGUCAGUGAAGAUUGAUUGAGGAAUAGCAUCGAAUAUAAUGAGAGAGAGGCCACCUUUGCGGGCGUAGAAAAUGUAUCAGCAGCAUUCUUAGGUUUUUCACCGAGACAUUAUAAAUUCUGUACCUUGAUUAUAUGUUACUGUAGAGCCAAUUUGUCAUUUUUAGCUACUUCGGUUUCUGCCAUUUUCCCCUCAUUUCAUUCUAGUAGCCUCGCUUUCUUUUUUGUAAUGCAUCAAAGUAGAAAAUGAUUGUGAUGAAUUCUUGCUAUUGUACCUAUAUAUAUGCUGAUAAGGAGAUUUGGACUAA